CCCACAUCUUUUUUGCUCUAUCAGAAGAUUUUUAUGACUUAGAUGGUGUGAUAUUAACUCCUUUGAUCACUUUGCCCUUUUGUAGCAAAAUUCGGUGAAGUCACGCCAUUAAAUUUUUUGUACCGGAGGAGCAUUAAAUAAAGGCCACAUUUUUCUAUGAAAAGCUCUCUCCCUAGCUUUCCUUCUAAAAAGGACCAAAAGUUAACAUUUCCAACUAGAGAAUUAAUCAAACGCCAUUAUAACCACUGAAAAACCUUAAGAAAAAGUGAUGGAGAAGAUCACACUAACCCACGUCUGGUUUCUGGUUUUGGCCUCUCUCGUGUACUGCUAUUUCGUGCCUGCGAAGCUCCCAAAGGGCACUUUCAGGUUCAUAUCUCUAACCCCUGUUUUCGGCCUCUUUGCCGUCUUCCCGCUCCUCCACUCCUCCGCCUUCUGCACGGCGGUUGCCUUCUUCUUCUUCACCUGGCUCUCCAACUUCAAGCUCCUCGCCUUCUCCUUCGACCGGGGCCCACUCUCCUCCUCCUCCCCCGCUCACAGGUCUCUCCUCACCUUCGUUGCCAUGGCUUCUCUUCCUCUCAGGUUGAAGAAGAAAAAUGUCAAUAGAUCAAAGAUCUUGCGGUUAAACUUGGCGGCGGAAAUUGCGGGCUUCGCCGGGUUGUUGCAGCUGAUUUUCCGGUACGGGGAUGGGGCCCACCAGAACGUGGUCUUGAUCUGGUAUUCUCUCCUGGUUUUCCUCAUGGUGGAUGUGCUGGUCGGAGUUUCGGGAUUCGCGAUCCGGGUCUUGACCGGUCUAGAUCUGGACCCGCCGUCGGACGAGCCUUACCUCUCCUGCUCCCUCCGGGAAUUCUGGGGGAGGCGCUGGAACCUCACCGUGACCAACACCUUCCGCUUCUCCGUCUACGAUCCCGUCCGGGAAUUCUCCGCCGCCGUCAUCGGCGGCGCGUGGGCCCCACUGCCGGCGAUGAUGGCGACGUUCGCGCUCUCCGGCCUCAUGCACGAGCUGCUGGUCUUCUACGUCGCGCGCGCCCGCCCGUCGUGGGAGAUGACGGCGUUCUUCUUGCUCCACGGAGUCUGCGUCGCGGCGGAGUACGCGACGGAGAAGGCUUGGGGAGACACUCGCCGGCUGCCGCGGGCGGUUUCGGGGCCGUUGACGGUCGGGUUCGUGGUGGGCACCACCUUCUGGCUGUUCUUCCCGCCGCUAAUUAGGAGCGGCGCCGACAAAAUGGUCCUGGCAGAAAUGAAAACCUAUAUCCAAUUCAUUCAUAACUUUUGGAGAUCAUUAGUGAUUAAGGAUUACUAAAAUAAAAGAAAAAAAUGUGAAAAAGAUUUGUAAAUGAUUGUGGGAUGAUUAACCAAAAGCAAAGAACUGCUCAUUGGAAUUGAAUAUUUUUAAAAAUGUUUGCACUAUAUAAACUAAAACUUAAAUCAUUUUUCUAAAUAGUACAUAAACUGUUUUAUUCUAU